AUGGCGCUCCAGUCGGGGUUCUGGGAGUGGCUGUCAGUUUGCAGGAACCCCGGGUGUGGGGUCGCAGCACUCUCAACCAGUUCCAAGCCAGCAGCAAAGCCUGAAGUGAACCCUGUGGAAAAUGCACCCCAGAGCUCACCAACCAGAACCCCCGCAAUCUGGGAGCUCAGGUGUGGUCAUGGAAGAGCGGACUUGGGGACAGCAUGGCCCUGCCAUGAGUUCUGGCACAGGUUGCGAGUUAUGAGGACUCAGCAUCAUGUAGAAGCCUUUGUUGAGCAUUGCAGUGGCCAGGUUGUGGUUUCAGCAUCCACUCGGGAAUGGGCUAUUAAAAAGCACCUUUACAGCACCAAAAAUGUGGUGGCCCGUGAGACUGUAGGAUGGGUGCUGGCUGAGCGAUGCUUAGAAGCAGGAAUCAACAUCAUGGUCUACCAAUCCACUCCUUGGGAGGCAGCCUCAGCCCCGAUGACACGAUUUCAGCGUGCCAUGACAGAAGGUGGCUUAGUGCUGCAGGAGCCUGGGAGUAUCUAUGAAUGA